AUGUGCUGCCCGGGGACGGGGUUGAGAGAUUUCCAGUUCGACGAAGUCUUCGAUGAGACGAGUCAGCAGAGUCAGGUGUACUCGUCCUGCGCUAGCGAUCUCGUCUCGGAUUUCAUCAACGGGAGGAACGCUUGCAUCUUUGCGUACGGCCAGACGGGGUCGGGCAAGACGCACACGAUCUUCGGACCGGACUUGCACUCGGUGACGAACGUGCGGAGCAUCGAGGAGGAGAACUCAGGGCUGGUACCGAGAGUGAGCAAGGAGAUUCUAUCAGCCGCUGCCAUGAGGAACAGCGGGGAGAUGAGAUGCGAGUUGUUCUUGUCCUACGUGGAGGUGUUUGGCGAUCAGGUCUCCAACUUGCUCAAAGACAACAAGCCGGUUGGGAUGUGGCAUGGGGUUGCGCACAAAGCAAUCUUUAUGGAGGAUUGCUCAGUGAAGGAAAGCUCCUCGUCCUCGUCCUCGAUCUCGAGGGUAAUUUUGGCUGGGCAGGCGAAACGACGCGCAGCCACUGCCAUGAACGAGAGGUCGACGAGGGCUCAUAACCUUAUCUUCUUCCUGUGCAAACAGGUUGUGAAGCAGACCGAUCUAGAGAUCUCCAGUCAUCUUUGCAUUGCUGACCUCGGCGGAUCCGAACAAGUCUUCAACAGCUACGUCGUCAAGGACGAGCGAUUCCAAGAAGCAUGCAACAUCAACCUCGGCCUGCUCGCGCUCAAGACGUGUAUCAGAAGUCUCAUUCAGAACUCGGACGAGCAAUCGACAGAUUCGAGCUACGUUCCUUUCCAGGACUCCCGUCUCACCAUGUUGCUGUCAUCAGCUCUAGGAGGAAAUUGCAGGACAGCGGUGGUCGUUACUGUCAGCCCGGAGAGAAGAAAUGCCGUCGAGACUCUUCAUUCACUUCGCUUUGGAGAAGAAUGCUCUCAAGUAGUCCUGCGCUCUCUUGACAGGUACAGCACCUCCACCACCUCCUCCCCCCUCCUCCCUCCUCCUCUCUCCUCUGCCCUCCUCUCUUCUUUCUCCUCCUCUCGCAUCCUCUCGCCUUUUCUCGUUUCUUUCCUCUUCCCCCUCCCUCCCUCCCUCCCUCCCUCCCUCCCCUGCUCCCUGCCAUGA